UUUCUUCUUCUGCCUUUAUUAGGCAUCGACCUUACAACACCGUAUAUUAGACACAAGAUUGUAACGAACAUGUUGACACGAGCAUAACUAAUUAAUUUUCUACGCCUUUUUUAAAAAAAAAAAAAAAAAAACCACCAUGUUUAAAGGCUUAUCCAAGUGGCUUUUUGGCUCGACGGAAUACCAAAUUCUUCUAAUCGGAAACGACGCGUCCGGAAAGACAACGCUUUUGUACCGACUGAAGUUUGGUGAAACCGUCACGACUAUUCCGACAAUCGGGUUUAAUGUCGAGACAGUAGAGUAUCCCAGGGGAUGGAAAUGGACAUUCUGGGAUAUCGGAGCAGGAUGCAACAAAAUCCGGCAUCUGUUGCGGCACUAUAUCACUCCGAAUACCCUGGUCAUCUUCCUCCAUGAUUGCGAUGACCCGUUUCGACAGGAGUUCCCGGAUUGGAUGGGGGUGUUUCUCGACGAUAUGAUUAAGCGGGAAGGUAAAUAUCUUUGGAUUCUGUUCAACAAGCAGGACACUCUGCCCCCUGACGAUGAUGGCGAGUUUAUCGGUAACGUACGCAAGAUGUACGAGGAUGAAAUGUCCAGGUACAAAAAGGAUAUCUGUUACAAAAUCCUUGAUCAUAAAUUAAGUGCAAAGACGGGGGAGGGGCUGAAUGAGCUCUUGGUUGAGCUCCACAACACCAUGUCAACUUCUGAGUUAAACAGUAGGCGUCAAUUGAAGUCUGUUAGCAACCCUAAUGUCCAUCAAGACGCCCUUUCCCGGGAACAGCUGAAGAGUCUCAUUGAGAAAGAAGGACGAGAAGAUACUAUCGAUGCUCAGGCUUUUUGGAUAUCCUUUCUGGAGGCGGAUCUAUCGGCAUGGGACCAUCGCAGCCAUCUCAAGGCAGGGUACAUCAUUGCUGUAGAGUCAGCUGGGAAAGGCGAGAGUAUUUUCACCACGGCAGAUACUUUUAUCGCACAUUUAAAGCGACUGAAGGAGAUGCAGCCGGACAAAUUCAGAAAUACAGAACAUCGGACGAUGACAAUUUUCUGGCUCGUCCAGCUCCAGCUCGCAAUCUGGAACUAUAAGCUGGACAAGCAACUCGACCAGUUCCCAUCCCGGGACGAUUUCCAGGAAGUCCUACUACACACCCCAUCACUCAGAGAUACAAAGCUUUGGAGUAUAUACUACACAAAAGACCGUCUAUUCUCCCGCGAAGCUCGCGAGGUCUGGACAGCCCCAGACCUACAACCUUUCCCAGUCCUGCAACCGAGCCCUGCACCGGACGCAUCCGCCCCAGGAACUCAAGAGGACCCGGAACGCCUUCUACGCUUCGGGUUUGCUGUUACCCAACACAUUAUGGCCUCGGAUCUACGUCGCGGCCAGGUCAUCAAAGAAGCCCUCGCCUCCUUACAAGCAACCACGAUCCGCCUCCGAGCAAAAGACGCCAGAAUCCCGCCAUAUUCAGAAACCCAGGCGUAUUUCUGGAUCCAGAUAGCACAUGCUGCUUUGCGCUCACUAGAGAACGGGGACAACCCUUCCGAAUCUAUGAUGGAGAAAGCUUCCCCCGUGCUUCCACCCGCGCAGCUCAGCUUCUCAAAUUUCACUCUGCUUUUUGAUAUCACGCCGGAGACUUGGAAGAAGUAUUAUUCGGGCAAGGUUUGGGAGAGUAUUGCUGCGCGAAGGGAGUUCGUUCCGCCUGAUCUUAAGCCUUUGCCGAAUCUUAUUGGGGUUUCUUCUGAGGCUUAUGAAAAGGGAGUGAUGUGAGGACGAGAAAAAAAAAUUGGUGUGCAUGGACAUGCUUUGGAAGAAAUGUAUAUAUAUAUAUAUAUAGCAUAUGAAUAUCCUAGA